CCGUCGUGCAGAGGCACCGGCCCGUGCUCUUCUUUGCUUUGUUGCUGUGGUCUUCGUGUCUGUGCUGUGCUUUGGCCGCUCGUCGCUCUUGCUUUCUGCUCUUAAACUCCGACUCUCGUGUGCAUCCAGCAGAUUCCCCGGCUUCGAUCAUCUGCAUACGCGACUACAGUUACUUCACAGUUACUUGCCACACUACACAUCUGUCACAAUGAAGCACAGGGGAUUCGAAGCCUUCAUCGUCUGCAACAACCAUGUCGUGAAUGAGUAUGGGUUUACCCCCGUCAGCAACGACACGCUCGAGAUCGCAUGCUGGAUACCCGCGACGCCCGGAGAGAAGUUCACCGUUGUCUGGCGAGAUCUGGGAUCAGGGCACAAGACCGCCGGGUACAUAUACCUCGAUGGCGUGGUCGUCCCUGGCCGCUUCCUCGAUGGACGUGGCGAAACCUACCGCACGGGCGUCCGAUCAGGCAAAGGGUCCGAGCGCCCCUUCGUCUUCAGCAUGACCACUAGGGACGACGAGGAGCAGAAGACGAAGGACGAUCUCCGGAACGUGGGAACCAUAAGACUGAGGAUCAAGCGCUGCGAGUCCGACACCCCAGGACGCCCUGCGAACCCCGUCGGGCCGUAUCCUGAACGGUUGGUGGGGAAGAGGAGAGCGGGGGAGACAUGUAUUGGCUUUGGAAAAUCCAAACCAUACUACAUGCAGGCGCAGUACACCUGGAAGGUCGUCGGCCCAGGAGGCUCCAAAAAAGCACCCACCGUCGUCUCCUUCGCCUUCAAGUACCGGCCCAUGGACUGGCUCAUCGACCAUGGCAUCGUCCAAAUCUCGGUCAUUCACCCCAUGCCUGGCGCACCCGUCGCCCCGGGCACGUCCGACGACGAAGACGAGUACGACCUCGAGCCGCAGAACAUAAAGCCCGCCGACGUGCAGGUCAUCCAGCUGCACCGCGCGCCGCCGCUGCCGGAUCCGAGAGUGCAGUCGAAUCUGAGCUUGCAGUCGAAUUCCAGGGUGCAGUCAAUUCCGAUGGUGCAGUCAAUCCCGAUGGUGCAGUCGAAUUCGCGUGUGCCAUCGAAUCCGCGGGUGCAGUUCUACACGCCGACGGUGGCGACCCCGACUCCCCAGGCCGAAGCGGCGGGCACGACGUCGUCUGGCUUCUACGCCUGGAACCACGAGAUGGCGUCCAAUGCAGCGGGCGCGGCGACGCCAGGAAAUCACCCGGGCGCACCGACGCCAGGGAGCUAUCCCGGCACGCCAAAUCCGCAAUAGACGGGCGACACUGCAAGAUAUCUCAGCCCGUCAGACAAGCAAGCACACAUCCGCACCUUAGCACUUUCGUCCUCUUCCCGCUCUCUAUCGCUCUCCUAUGGACCAUGAUCGCAUCUUUCUCCUGUUUCUCCUUCUCGCGUUUCUUCCCUCGUCCCUUUGUCUACUUAUCCCGUCGUACACUGCUCUCGCGAUACCUGUACUUACCACCUGCAUUGCUCUCGUCAUCGCACGUAUUUAUCUAACCUCGAUAUAUAACAACGACGUACCCUUUGUUCUGUUCUGCGCUACCCUUCCCGCAGUCUAUGCGUUAUCUGUCUAUGCUUCCCAAUCGUAUGUUGACCGUAUGUCUUUAUCUUUGAGCUUUGAGCGUGUAUGCUUGUCUGAUACCGCCUGCGCGAUGAAGCAUUGAGGUUGUCAAAGGGAAGAGGGAAUGAAGACCCCCAGGUCUCGC